CCUGGUGCAUCACACUAACACACGACUGACGCCACUCCACUGUCCCACAGAGGAGGGGGUUGAGGAAAACAGAGGAGAACCUCUUAAGUUUCCAGUCCAGUGCAGAACUACCACUGACAUGAGAGAGGACACGAGGAAGUGGGAGUAGUGAAGCAGAAAGAGAAGAAUCCUCCAGACAACGCUGUAUCUCGCUACAGCCGAGAGAAGCUUAGACCAAACAUAGAUUCUAUAAGAAUACUGAUUGAUUUUCAGCCCAGAUUGUAGACGUUGAAGCCUAUCAUGAUGGAAGUGGUCCUGACUAGACUGAGAGACUUCUCCUCUAAGGACGCCACCUUUGAUGCCUGUAAGUCAACCGGGCCCGUUGUGUCCAGGGACCCACGGACCAUCAGAGACCCCUGCCCAGAGGAAGGGCUCCGGAUGGCGGGCUGCAUGGCCGGAGUACAAGGCAGCAGCACCUACAAACUGGACAUUGAGAGUGCACUGGCCUGGCUGCGCAGGGAACUGGUGGAGAUGCGAUCUCAGGACCAGGCCUUGAUACGACAGCUGAUGGACCUUCACGCAGGAAUACAAGAGCUCAAGCUGGAGUGUGCCGAAGCAGAGGAGGAGGAAGAGGAGGAUGACGAGACAGAAGAGGAAGGGAGCUGGGACUUUGGUAGUGAGGCAGGGGGCAGUGGUAGUAGUGUUUACUYCAGCUCAGGGGAAGUGGGCUUUUCCAUAUCUCGCCUGUCCACUAGAAUGACUCCACCUCCUCUGGGGCCAUCUCUACCUAGAAGGACUUCCAGCAGAAGAAGCUCCUUGCCUUAAUAAAACCACAAACAGUAGUCUCUUAUGGACCAACCGUGGUCAAUGUGUAGGUCAAUGACACUGUCAUAUACCACAGUAUCAUCUAUUCUAUUGUCACUGUGUUUGCAAAAAAAAUCACACAAGCGUAUUUUGAAUAGGCUGCAAUAGAUUCCAUAUAGAACCUAAAGAUAAUAUAUAGAUUUAAGGCUUAGAUUGACCUAAGGCAAUCAUAUCUGCCUAAUGCCUUAUUGUGUUAGGAAGUUGAAAAGUGUGUGUGUGUGUGUGUGUGUGUGUGUGUGUGUGUGUGUGUGUGUGUGUGUG